AUGGCGUCCACAACUGCGGUGAAAUCUUCCAAAGUAGCGUCGACCAAAUGUUUGGAACUCAAAGGCAGAAGCUCAGAGUCACAUCCAAGGAUCGAAGAUGAUCUACCCAGUGCUAUUCAGGAAAGUUACUGUGGGAAGUACUUGUCAAAGACCCUGCGAGAUAAUGCCGAAACGGACAUCACAACCAGGCUGGGUGACAUGGAGAUGCGUAUUCUCGGACUACCCAUCCCACCAAUUGAGAACGAAGCCCAAGCAAGAGCGCUGGUAUUAAGGUUCUUUCCCACCUUCGACAGCGCCUUCUUCAUCAACCUCGUUGGCAAAAUCGUCAAAGAUUCCAUCGAGAUCUACGACGAUGUCGAAGACACAGGCAAAUUCUGCUACGGCGGCGAUGGAGUCAUCCGCCUCAAUAUGUCCAUCCCAGACCAGAACAGCCCUCUCGGCGAGACAUUAUUGUGUGUCCUCCUCCACGAAAUGCUGCACGUCUUUCUAGAGUACUAUACCUGCAAGUGCCGGAAAUGCGAGAAGCGAACAGCCAGAACCGGUGGGCCAGGAAAGACAAACCACGGCUUCACCUGGUGCAAUGCUAUGAUUGGCCUACAGGAGGCUCUUCAGCGUGAAGUUGAGUGGCAGGUUGAUUGUGAUCUUGAGCAUUGUGUCCGCGAGGAGAUGACUGCGAGCGGGUGGGAACCCACCGACGAGCAACUCAAGCGGUGGGGUAUGGAGGAUAGCUCGGCCAAGCGUGGGAGAGGAGAGUCGUCGAGGAAAGGAAAGAAGGUUGGCCCUCAGCAGACACGCAGAGAGGCUGUUGGAGGAUUGAGUCGAAAGAGACUACUGAUGCCUAGCUGUUGUGAGACGAUGUAG